UUAACUCACCUGGUCACACCGGAGAUCCACUUCCGGAGUGUUUCACAACAAAAAGAACGAAAACAACAGAAGAAGCAGAACAAGUAAAAGAAGAACAAGUAAAAGGAGGACAAGAAGAACGACAACAAUAACAACAACAACAACAAUAAUAACAACAACGAGCAGGAGAAGACACGGCAGAUGGACGUGUCCCUGCUGACUGAACAGGGCCCAACAGGAAGUACCAAGAUGGGGGACGCGGCGGUGAAGUCGGCCAUGAUGGAACCUGCCACCCUGCCGUGGCCCGGAGACCGGAUGAGUGUGAGGUCAGACGUGUCCCUCCGAGAGGCGGCGAGCUGGACGGAGAGCGAGAGAGGGGAGGAGGCGGGGCUGAGGACACAGCUGGAGGCGGAGCCUGCAGAGAACCACCUGCCGGAGAAAGCGGCCCAGGUGUUCAGUCCCGCGGUCACCGUCCUCCACUCCACGUCCUCGCCCAGAGGCAGUGAGGCAUUCUGGGAAAUGGAGUCGGAGAAGAGUCCCUUCCUGGGUUCCCGAGGCAUCACGCAGGACUACAACCAACAUGGCUGCCAGUACGAGUGGGCCGAGGACACGCCCCCUAGCGCAUGUGGGCGGUGUUGUCCCAGCAGGGACAUCCUGAAGGUGGGCGUGUCCCUGAUGACCUCGGCGCUGCUCUUCCCCUUCCUGGUGUGGGGGGGUUAUGUCUUCCUGCCGUUUGACGCCCCCCUGCUGGAUGGCGCCCCCCUGAGGCUCGUGUACGCGCUGCGCUGCUCCGUGUUCGCUGCUGCGCCCGUUGUCCUCGGCUGGCUGGUCCUGGGUGUUGGCCGGCUCCGGUCCGGGGCCCUCGUCCCCCCAUUUGACCACGACGAGGAAGAGGCAAAGGGGGCGGAGCCUCACGAGGUCGCCGUCCACCGGCGCUUCGUCUCUGACUCCGCCUCCUUGUUUCUGAUCUACUUCCUGCAGCUGGCCGUCAUGGCGAUGUACCUGAGCCAAGAGCAGCUGAAACUCGUCCCGCUGCUGAGCAUCGUCUUCGCCCUGGGGCGGCUGGUUUACUGGGUGGCCGCAGCGUUCGGCAGCAGCAUCCGGGGCUUCGGGUUCGGCCUCUCCUUCCUGCCGAGCGUCGCCAUGAUGGCGGCCAACUUCUACUUCAUCUUCACGGUGGAGGCGUCGGGCUCCAUCUUCAGCCUCCCGGCUGCUCCGGCGGCGCCGACUCCACCCGGCAGCAGACAGAGGUUCUACGGAUGAGAGCCGAUCAGAAAUCAAUAACUUCCUGUCGGAAUUAAAUCAUUCUGAACAACUUUAUUUUUUAUAAACUGAAACUUUAAAAAAAGAAAAAAAUUAACAAAACAAAAAAAUAUUUGAUAAAGUUUGAUUCUUAUGAAAUGCACAUAACUCCACCCGGUUAUUGUAUAACCCCGCCCACUGGUUUCUGUUGGCAAUUUGUUUGUAUUUAGCUACUUCCUGUUCUGUUUGUUACUUUUUUCAACAUUGAAUUUUGUAAAAUCUGUUUAUUGAUCAUUAAAUAUUUAAUGUUCAGUAAAAUGUGUUUGUUCGUCUUUAAAAAAAUAAUUUACAGUCUCAUAUUUCGCAAUAAAAGCAUGUUCAUUUA